UUGAAUAUUUUGCUGAGAACGUCAAGUUGUACAGCUGGCGUCAAUAAAUACCCAAAACAGUCGUCUUUUUCAACGGAGAAGAAAAAGUUGAAAAAAUUGUAAAGUCAGUCUCUCCGACUCUUCCUUCCUUCCGUGUUCACCAUUGCUACACGUUCUCCACGAACUUUCCGAUGCCCAGUCGUCGGAGACAUAGCUACACCGUCGGAUCUCCUGCAACCACAUCUUCCAAUUACAGUAACACUACUUUCACCGAUCGUUCCUUCCCGACAACCCCUGCCCGUACAUCCACCGACACAACCACCUCCAUCGCUCGUCGCAUCUCCGGUAUCUUCAUCAACUGCUUCACUCCUCCCGAUUCCGUUUCCUCCAACUACAUCGACAAUUCAAAGUCCUCUUCCGACAAUAAUAUCCGUAGUAGACGUAGCUCAACAGGAAGUAGUAGUGUACAGAGGAGUUAUGGAAAUGCAAACGAAACAGAGCAUACAAGAUUCACCUUCGAUGAAAUCUACGACGCGACCAAGAACUUCUCUCCGUCCUUUAGGAUCGGACAAGGCGGUUUUGGCACUGUUUACAAGGUCAAACUCAGAGAUGGCAAAACCUUUGCUGUGAAACGUGCCAAAAAGAGUAUGCAUGACGACCGUCAAGGUGCAGAUGCAGAGUUUAUGAGUGAGAUUCAGACAUUAGCUCAAGUUACUCAUUUGAGUUUGGUUAAAUACUAUGGAUUUGUUGUUCAUAACGACGAGAAGAUUCUCGUUGUGGAGUAUGUAGCCAAUGGAACUCUUAGAGAUCACUUGGAUUGUAAGGAAGGAAAGACUCUCGACAUGGCGACUCGGUUAGAUAUCGCAACCGAUGUAGCUCAUGCCAUAACCUAUCUUCACAUGUAUACACAGCCACCUAUCAUCCACAGAGAUAUCAAAUCUUCAAACAUUCUCCUCACUGAGAAUUACAGAGCCAAGGUUGCUGAUUUCGGGUUUGCAAGAUUAGCUCCAGAUACUGAUUCAGGAGCCACGCAUGUGUCAACACAAGUCAAAGGAACCGCUGGUUACUUAGACCCAGAGUACUUAACAACGUAUCAACUCACAGAGAAAAGUGACGUCUACUCUUUUGGUGUACUGCUCGUCGAGCUUCUCACAGGUCGGCGUCCCAUCGAGCUUAGCAGAGGACAAAAAGAACGCAUCACCAUUAGAUGGGCGAUCAAGAAGUUCACGAGUGGAGAUACGAUAUCGGUAUUGGACCCGAAGCUAGAACAGAAUUCAGCGAACAACUUAGCAUUAGAGAAGGUAUUGGAGAUGGCGUUUCAAUGUCUAGCUCCUCAUAGACGUUCGAGACCAAGCAUGAAAAAAUGCAGUGAGAUUUUGUGGGGAAUUCGUAAAGAUUACAGAGAGUUGCUCAACACAAGUCUUUGAUGAUAUUAUUCUCUACGCUUAUAUAAUAUGGUUUUGAAUACACAAUUAUAUAUUAUUUGUUUGAAUAUUAAUUUGUCAUACACGAUGCAUUCUUGUACGAGAAUUGUUGAUUUGUAAUUGAUUUUGAAAUUUGUAGUAUUAUAUUAACGUGUAUUUGGUGUUAAUAAAUUGAGUUAUUAUCAUUCUAUCUGGACCUGGCUGUUU